AUGAACUAUACUGCUCGAGCAGAGGAGGCAGAAAAGCUCUUCAAAGACUUCAAUAAGAAAGGAAACGACGGAAGUGGGAACGGGAAUCCUCCUCUCCCAACCCCUGAACCAAAAGCAAAAGCUCCUUUGCCUCAGAAUAGCACGGACCCUGCAUAUGUGCAAAUUAAGCCGACUAUCGUUUAUCUGAGAGUGUUAUAUUCCAUCCUAUUUAAAGGGAAUGGUGGUGGUAUCAACUGGGAUGAGGUUUCCACAACUACUGGCUCUGGAUCCAAGUCACUCUUAUACACUCUGCAGAUGCUCAAGAAUGCUCGCGAUCAAUUCAUCGAAGUGACGACUGACAAGGACCCAAGCGUCAAAUUCAAGCAAGUCCUUCAAACUUCUAUUCAGGUGAGAGUUAAACGGAGAUCAAGCUUGUCACACCAUCGUUCACUGGCUAACAACAGGCGGCCAUAUUAG